CGUGACUGCCGAGCGCAUGCGCGCAUGCGCCCGCCCGCCGUGAGCCCGGCCCCCUCUUCUCCCUCCGCCUCCUCCUCCUCCCCUUCGCGCCAGCUCAUGUGGUGCCCGAGCACGGGCGGGCGUAGCGCGGGAUCCCGGGUAUACACAGAUCCUGGACUUCAGUUUCCUUUUAACAAGAAACGGGAUUAUAGUUUUCUUUCCCUUCCUCAUUGGAAGAGCACAGUAGUGGCUCCCUGUUCACUUCAAUGUCAGUUUGCUGCUAAUGGGUGUAAGUAAAUUAGAUGUCUUGUACAGAAGGCUUCUCCUUACUAAACUUUUCAUCAGAGGAUGGGGAAAGCCAGAGGAUCUAAAAAGAAUAUUUGAAUUCAGAAAGAUUAUUGGAAACAGGGAAAAAUGCCAGACACUGGUUUCGAAAGAUUACCCAGUGUUCAUUGACAAGGUUGAGGAGCAAUCUGACUGUAAAAUCCUUGAGGGGCAUUUCAUUUCCCCGUUGGCUCAUUAUGUCCCAGGUAUCCUGCCAGUUGAAUCUCUUGUAGCAAGAUUUCAGUUCAUCAUACCCAGAAGAUGGAAUAGUAAGCACAGACCUGUGUGCAUUCAUUUAGCAGGCACGGGAGAUCAUCACUUCUGGAGGAGACGCACGUUAAUGGCACGCCCGAUGAUUAAAGAAGCCUGUAUGGCUUCCCUACUGCUAGAAAACCCUUAUUAUGGCUGUAGAAAACCUAAGGAUCAAUUACGGUCAUGUUUAAAAAAUGUCUCGGACCUGUUUGUGAUGGGAGGAGCUCUUGUUCUAGAAUCGGCAGCUCUUUUGCACUGGCUAGAGAGAGAAGGCUAUGGACCGCUAGGGAUGACUGGAAUAUCCAUGGGAGGACAUAUGGCUUCACUGGCAGUGACAAACUGGCCUAAACCUUUGCCAUUGAUUCCGUGUCUUUCCUGGUCAACAGCUUCUGCAGUCUUUACUACGGGUGUGUUGAGCAAGGCAGUGAACUGGAGAGAGUUGGAAAAACAGUAUUAUACACAAACUGUUUACGAAGAAGAAAUCAUUCAAAUGCUUGAAUACUGUGGAACAGAUUCUUUCAAGAUGGGACAAGACUUUGUUAAAAACUUCCCCGAUGGUGUGGACAGUCUGGAGGAUGCGGAUGUGACUUCCAGAGUGUUCGACCUUGAUUCCUCAAACAGGAUUGUAACUAAAGAAGUCGUUCACAGCUUUGCCACAAAUAAAAGUACUCUAAGUGCCUCAUCAGAAAGACUCUUAGUACAAGAUGGUCCUAAAAUGCAGUUCAUAAAUCAAACAUUUUCAACCAGUAGUAAUAGCAAUAAAAACUUAUCAAGCCAACAAGGACACAAGAUAAAUAAAAUAAGAAAGAGUGACACUUUACAGAGAGAAUCCUUAAGGUUCAUGAAAGGAGUAAUGGAUGAAUGUACCCAUGUAGCUAACUUCUCAGUUCCAGUUGACCCAAGUUUAAUCAUAGUUGUACAAGCGAAGGAGGAUGCGUAUAUUCCUCGAACUGGGGUGCGCAGUCUUCAGGAAAUCUGGCCGGGAUGUGAAAUCAGAUAUCUGGAUGGAGGUCAUGUCAGUGCCUACCUCUUCAAACAGGGACUCUUUAGACAAGCAAUUUAUGAUGCAUUUGACCGCUUUCUUCAGAAAUACGCAGUUUAAAAACCUUCAUAAUGUAUUCAAACUGAUCUCAUUUGUACUUCCGCUUACUGGAACUCCUGUUUGGAAAACAAGCCUCUUGCAAUGUUGAGUAGAUGGUCACUGAUUUGACUAUUGUAGGUAACAAUUAUCAAAAAUGGUAAAGUACCAGUGUUACUUUUAUUUCAAUCAAAUGUUAUUCUGACACACUUCAGCUUUACCUGUGGAAAAAAACAAUGGCAGCAAUACAUUUGUUAAUAUAUGAAUGGUUCAUGUACUUCAUGUUUAAUCACAUUGUGUAUUCCUUUAAUUCUGAAUAAAUUCUGAAUUGCGUAUAAGUUGAAAACAGAGCAAUCUAAGUAUUGAAAGAAUGUAAAAUUUGCUGUAGGCCUAAGAUGCUGUCCUGCAUUUAGUGUAUUUCCAGUUUGUUCCGGGUACCUUGGUUUCCUCUCGCUUCCUUGUCCCCUUGCUAUUCUUAUUGUGUUGUACUGUGGUUUUGCCAGCACUCAACCUCUUGUGUUUGUCACUGAUUUUCUCUAUUAUCAAUUGAAAAUGAGCUCUAAUAGAAGGGGCAAAAAGAGUCUUUCAAAACUCAAUGAAGGGUGAGAGACAUUUUCAUUCAAUAUUUUUCUGCCACUGAACUAAACUGUGCCAUUCCAGAAUCAUGUAGCCAUUCAUGGUUCAGUUUCAGAGACUAGCAUAAGUGAAAAUGGGAGUAUCUAGUAAUUAAUUUUUUACAUGCGUGCAACUGGAUAACAUACAUGCCUAGAUUUUUUUUUUUAAGAAUGCUAGAGGAAAUAAAAAUGUAAUAAUUUUUAUUUAGAAGCAGUCACACAAAGAGUCUGAUUCUUAAAUCAACAACAGAUUAUAUGGUGCUAUGAAGACCUGUUGGAAAUAUUUCAACGGGGUUCCUUUUUAAAGUGCACUCAGCGCUGAUAUGCAAAAUACAGUUUCUUUGUAUAGUAAUAAAAAUGUGUAUGAGACUGAGAAUUAUCAAAACAGUUAAAUUAGCUCCUUGUUUUUCAACACUAUUUUUUUAAUUGGAUGGGAAAAAUUUUUAAAAAAUAAUAUUAUGAGUGUCUUCUAAGAAAAUUCAAAGUCUGUUUCAUCUUUUGGGGUCAAAAAUGCCAACAUAUUACAGUAGAAUGAAAAGGUCAUCGUGUGUCAGCUGUAUAUGUUGUCUGUCCACAUCUUAUUUUGUGGUAAUCUUCUGUAAGCUAGUUUGCAGAUAAAUUGAAUCUGAAACAUUUCUAUAUUAAUUUUAGUACAGUAAUGACCAGAGUUACACAGAAACAAACAGAAAAAUCCAGCCAUUUCUUGGGAUAUGUGACUUCCGUACCUUUCAAAUCAAACACUUCAUUGAUCUCUGAGCCAGCACCAUGGUUUUUAAUAGGCAGAGUAUGAAGCAAACAAAGCUCAGUUCAUAUAUUCUCUUGAAUUUUAGUCUGGCGGACAGGACUAGUAACUAGGAAGAAAUCAUGGUUCACUUGAAAAUCAGAUAUGUUCCGGUGAAACUGAAGUGCAACAGUUUGUAAUAACCAAAAUUAUUUAACACACAGAUUUACUGAAAAUGCAAAAGGAGUUCUAUUCUGUUGGAAGUUAAACUGCUUGUUUCAAGCAGGUUUUAAUAAUUUCUUCAGACAGUGUUAGUUUUAUAUAUACAGGGAGCAUGUGUGAGGUGACUAGCACGUUUAAAUAUAAUAAAAGCAUUGAAUGUUGGAAGAUUGGAAAUCCAAUAUAAGUAAGCUUAUAAUUUUUAAAUUAAUGGCUUGAAUACUAUACUAAAAGAUUUAUGGGGCUUACCUUUUACAAGCUCAUUCAUCAACUAAGGGUGUUUUACAAGAAUGUUGUCUGCUGUUCACUAACUUUUUUCGAUCUUGCAUUUUAAAUGUAUUUCUGUGCUUUACGUCCCUAUUUCUGUUGCAGCCAUGAGAAAGGGAGAUAACUGAUGGCAAGGGAAAGGGCUUGAAUAAAAGGAAGAGGAAAAAGAUAGAUUUUAUAAGGAGGGAAGUAAGCACAAAAAAAAUAAAUCAACUUCUCUACUCUGCAAAGUAUAACGUGCCAAAGUAAAUAUUUUCAAAGCCCACAAUAUUAGGAAUUACACAACCGAUGGGAACUUGGCAUCCUGAGGUUAGUGUUCUGGUGAUAUUACUAACAAGGUUUAACUUGCCAAACGGGCAUACUGUUCACAGAAGCAGAUUUAUGCUACUGUAACUCCUGUUUGUGAGAGUGUCUUUGGUAUAAAUAGUGAAAGACAAGAAUGAGAAAUCAUACUUUGCUAUGUAACUGAAGUAAUGUUGCCAAAUAUGAAAUCCCAGUAAGAAGCAUUUCAGAAAUUUCUCAGGUUAGAAUAACAAAAAGGAAAAGUGAGCUAUGUAGUCUAUUUCUACCAGCUAUCAGACCCAAGAAGCUAUUAGGUGGUCUGUAAAGAGAGAGAAUCUUGCUGUGUAAAUGUUUUUAACCUUUGAAAAUUGACUUUUUAACCCAGAUUUUAAGGUUAAAACCUCAGAAAGUAUUAUUAAUAAUCCAUUUUAAUGUUAAAUGAGACUGUGAUUUUUUUAAAUCCAGCAAUUGCAUGAGAAAAAUAUUGGAAUAAGGUUCCUGCACUAAAUCUAAGUAGCAGGUAAGCCAUGCUGUAUGUCUUAAAUUUAUUGUAAAACUGGCCUUGAUCAUUUUUUGUUUUAAUGUUUUUCAAUAAAAGUAAAAAAACAACA